UUCCUCAGAUUAUCGGCUAUGGAGAAAUUAAUCGAAUUAUCCGACCAUGAAAUCCACGUAGACUUCGCUUUGGGAUGCAAAUGCCGCACAAAUAUUUGCCUCAGAUCACUCACUUCAACUUCUCCGGUAGCUUUUAAGGUGCAGACGUCUUCCCCGCACAAGUUCCUGGUCAACCCGCCGAGUGGACUCGUCGCGCCGCUCUCCUCCGCCACAUUCCAGAUCGUCCUCAAACCCCAGUCCAACCUCCCUGCCGCCUUCCCCCGCUCCCCCUCCGACCGGUUCCUUCUGAAAACCGCCGUCGCACCUGAACUCGGUGCUGACUUGCCGGAGUCGACUCAGUCCGAGAUCGUUAAUCGGUGGUUCAACUCCGCCCCUCACCGCCCCACGUACGACGUCAAGCUCAAGGUCUACUUCGUGGGGCCCUUUCUCCUCACUCACGCAGUGGGUGAAGGUAAUUUCGAGGCGGUGAGAGGAAUUGUCAAACGACAGCAUUCCGUUGUUUCUGAGUUGUCGGCUCCGGAUGCCGAGUCGUUGUACCGAGUUGCGACUCAGUCCCCUGAGAUUAUGGGUUUGCUUUUGGAGGCGGGGUUGAGGGUUGACGUACGCCGGGAACUGUACGACGACGUGAAGUGGGCGUCUAGGGGUUGGACGAAAUUGCACGUGGCGGCGGCGUUUGACCAGACGGAGGAGGUCGAACAGCUGGCCAAGGAAGAAUGCGGCGGCGUUGAAUGCAGGGAUAAGGAGGGGCGGACGCCGCUGCAUCUGGCGGCGAGUAAAGGGCAUUUGGGCGGCGCUAGGGUGUUGGUGAGUGCAGGCGCAAACGUGGACGCGAGGAGCAAGGACGGCCGGACGGCUUUGUAUCGAGCGGCGGCGAAUGGAGACCGAGGGAUGGUGGAGAUGCUGUUGGGGGCUGGGGCGGACCCCACCAUUGGUGACGUGGACCAUUGCCGUUCAGCCAUUGAUGUUGCAAGAGAUAAGUGCCACUGGGACAUAGUUAAAAUACUCGAACGUGGCGAAGCGGUACUUCAAGCAGCGAGGCGUGGAGAAAUCGAGAAACUCGAAUCACUACUCGAAAAAGGGGCAACCACAAAUUUCUCCGAUCAGUACGGACUCACAGCACUCCACGUGGCAGCUAUCAAAGGUAACAAAGACGCUGUCAUGAUACUCGUCGAGUUGGGAGCUGACGUGGACUGCCAGGAUGGCGAGGGGCACACGCCCCUACACCUGGCGGUCGAAGGAGGGAGCGUCGAAACUGUCGAGGUUCUGAUAAACAGAGGCGCUGAUAUGAAUGCCAAGAACAAGAAAGGUGGGACCCCCUUGUGCAUUUCCAAGCUGUUGGAGUAUGAAGACAUCACUCAGCUUCUACAAGGCAAAGGGGGCUUGCCUUAAUAUGUAAGGGUUUUUUUUUCUUUUUUGUUAUUCUAGUAGGCAAGGGUUUGUAUUAUGUAUUAGUUUGCUGGUAAUUUUAUUUAUUUAUUUUUGACCAAUUGUAUUGUUUGAAUGUGUGGCUACUACAUGAAACUUUUGGGGUGGAUAUAAAAUUUAGGGACUUGCUUUUUACGGUU